AUUCGCAAGUCUAUGGCACGAUGGCUGUCAAUUGAGUUAUAUUUUAUUACUAGAAAAUAAGAAAAUAAUGAAUUCUGUGCACAUUAAAAUAAUAUUUUCGUGAAUAAUGUACAUUUUAUACAAUUUUAAUCUAGAUAUAAGUGAUGCAAUUGUUAUCUAAAUAUAGUUAAAGCCACAUAGCGAUGUUUAGUAUAAAAACUAACUGAGUUUCGACGAUGGCGUCUGACGGAGAAAUUUCCUGUACGAAUGAUCCCAAUUUCGCCGCAAUCUACUCGUUUUUGAAGGUUUUCGGGAAAUUGUACGGGCUAGAAAUACCGUCAAUAUCAAAAUUACAGCAGCUCGUAGAGAAUACGGAGGAAGUUCCGGAGCCGCUGAAGGAGCUGCACCUGCGGCUGCUGCGGCGCGCGCAGAAGUCCGUGCAGAGCAACCGCUGGGAGCGCUGCCUCAUCAAGUUCUGCCACCAGCAGGGCCACCACCAGGAGGCGUGGGAGAUCGAGCGCUUCUCCUACAAGAAAGCCAGCACAGAGGUCAAACUAAAGACCCUCAAGAUACUUCUUGAGUACCAAUUCACAUGCCACGCAAAGUUCAAGGCAGCGGUCAAUGCCCUGUCAUGUAAGGAGCUCCGGUUGGACCCCAUCGGACGGGACCAGCAGGGCUGCGUGUACUGGCUUCAGGUGGACGAUGAGGCGAACCUCUGUCUGUAUCGGGAGGACCAGGAUGAGGAGACUUGGCAGUUAAUAGCGAGAAAUCGAGAAGAGUUAGUCAAAGUAAUAGGACAAUUGAAGAAUGGAGAAGAAAUUUGUUCCUCGACUGUGUCUAACACCAAUGAGGACUCCAGCAGUACCGAAAUACCUGCAACUGAGGCCACUGAGAAAGCCAACACACCACCCGAAGAAGAAAACGAGGAAUUCCUAAGCCCAGAGUCUGAGUCGGAACAUGAUGAUGAUGAAUCUAAAGCUGAUAAGAAACCCCCUCCCACAGAAGCUGAUGAUAGUAAUAACAAAGAAGAAAAACCAGUAGACAACAAACCAGUAGAAGAAAGUGAAAAAACUGAAGAUUCUAAAACAGAAGAAGAAAAAGUAGAAGAUGUGAAGGUAAAAGAACCUCCUAUAGAAGAUAAAAAUAUAGAAGAGAAAAGUGAAAACCCAUCAGCGCAAAUAUCAGAAAAGGCUGAAGAUUCAGAAAAUCAGCAAUUAGAAGAAAAAUACGACAAAAACGAAAAAGUAGAACCUGAUGUUGCUGAAAUACCCCAAAACGGUACAGACAGCAAAAAAUCUCCAGAACGUGAAAAGACGCCUGAGAAUCCUCCAAGUGAGGAAACCAAAUUAAAGGAGACAGAUGAGGUGAGUGAGGCAAUAGAAGAGCCGGUCAUGGUUGUCACAGGGGAAGGCAGCGGAGCCGAUUGUGAGAGCUCAUACUUUAUAGGUGAAGAAAUAGCCGAACCUGUCAUGUAUUUUUAUGGAGAAGGUUGUGGUUAUGAUAACGAUACCGGAAACCCUGAAGUAUUAGAAGAAGCCAACACAGCGCAGCAUAACUCAGAUGAGGAGAAUGACAAUGAAGAAUGUGUCAAUGGUGAACAUUCUAACUCUAAUGAUAACUCUAACUCUAGUAAAAGUAAAUUAGUUAAAAGUAUUAAGUUAAAAAGUGGUCAUCCUACUGUAAAUAAACGAUCUUUGAAGAAGCAAUCUAAUGAUAAUUCCGAAGUUCUAAAACCAGAUUCUAAGAAACAUUGUAUUAGAAAGCUUAACAGAUCAGACAGUAUGAAAUCAAAUUCAAGCAAUAAUGACAAUGACUUGAAGAGGGAAAGCAGCGUGAAUGACAAAACCACAGAUAGUGAAAGUCCGAACAAAAAUAAUGUGAAAAAAACUAGAGGUAAGGUAAAGAAAAAACCUGAAGUAGUAAAGAAAUUAAAGCUAAAUCAGAAGAAAGAGUCUCCUGCAUCGGACGCUGACAAUUGUAAUGAUAGUAAAGCCAGUAUUAUAGAAAAGAGGAAAAACAGUGUGUCUUCAGAUCAAGAUGGAGUUGAUCAUACGGAACAGGAAAAGGAAGGAAGCCCGGACCACGAGGCUAAACCCGACGACGAUCUACCUCCAAAAAAAUUACGCUUAGAAAGUAAGGACAUUGAAGUAUCACAUUCCAAAGAUACUCUAGACAAUGUAAAUAAAGACGAUGCUAAAAGCGAAAACAAUGAAAAUAACGACAAUCUUAACAAAGAGCAUGAAGAAAAAGAUCCUAUAGCCAUGAGAAAGAAAAUUAAAGCUAACAAAGGGAAGUUUAAAAGAAAAAAGAUACUACAGAAUAAGGUAGAUAAUAGUGAUGUAGAAAAGAGUAAUGGUAAGGAGAAGAGUAAGUCUAAGCCUUUAAAGAGGUCGCUGUUGGACGCGACGCACAGUGACAGGAACAAAUCAGAAUCUCAAAGUGAAAGUGAGGACGAUAUGCCCAUCACAAGUGGCAAGAGGUUGAAAAUUAAACCCAAGAAAAUUAUUACAACAUCCAGAAAAAAGGUUGAAGCCAAGCUGCUUGAGAAAAAAUCUAGUGAUGAUUCCGAAGAAGAAACAUUGUACAGUAUAGCAGGCAAAAAGACCGGCAAGAAAGUCCUAAAAAAGAAGCCGAAAGGCAAAGAGAAGGCCAAAGUAAAGGAGACUGCGGAUGACUCGGAUGCUACGCCCGUUCGGCAGUCGCGCCGGAUCGCGCAGCAGAAGAUUAAAGAGGAAGCCGACAGGAGGCAUCAGGAGGAAGUUGCGCUUCGGGAGAUGAAGAUGAGCCAUAAGAAGAAGGGCGUCGACUCGGAGGAGGAGUGGCGGGCGUCCGGCGGCAGCUCGGGCUCGCCGGUGCGGCGGCGCGCGCGGCCGGCGGCGGCGGGCUGGCGCGCGCAGGACUCCAGCGAGCCCGACUCCGAGUCCGAGCGCGACGAGCUCUCCGACCGCCCCGAGCCGGACCUCGAAUUCGGCAAAUCAGACCAUGAGUUCUCGCCAGAGUCCGACCUUGAGACUGGGGAACCGAGCGAGCCUCUGAAAAGGGCCAGAACGUUGCAGGAAGGAGCUGAUGAUGGGUUCUGCAAGCACUGUGGCAGCGGCGAGCAGCCGGAAUGGAUACUGUUGUGUGACCAGUGCGACGCCGGCUACCACGCGUCGUGUCUCAAGCCCAUGUUGUUCCUGGUGCCGGAGGGCGAUUGGUUCUGUCCACCGUGCAAUCAUGCGAUGCUAAUAUCGUCUCUAGAGAGCGAGCUAGUGAAAUACGACGAGCUGGUGGUGAGCGUCGAGGCCGAGCGGGCGCGGAUCAAGGAACAGGAGCUGUUGAACAAACCGCCUUCCAUCAAGAGCGAGAAGAGAGAAGAAGAGUCGGACAGCGGAAGCGGCAGCGGGAGCUCGUACUCAUCAUCAUCGUCGGCGGGCGCCGUGUACCGGCUGCGCGCGCGCCGCCAGCUGCCCGUCAGCGUGCGCGCGCAGGAGUACGACCGCCUCAUCAGCUCCGCCAUCAAGGAGGAAUACUUGGAGCCGACAACGAGUGCGGGCAACCAGGGGCGGGGCAAGGACAUCUCGACCAUCAUAGAGGCCGCUGAAGAGGAGAAACUCAAGGCCGAGCGAGAGGAGGCCAUCGCAUCGGGUAAACCAAUAACAGAGAUCCGCAAGAAAAAGAAGCAGCGCCGGAAACCGCGCAAACUCAACUCCUUGGAGGUGGUGUCCGAGGACGACGACGAGACCGAUGAGGACUUCAAGGACACCGGCAUGGAAUCGUCAUCGGAAGACAUGUCUUCGUCCGCGGACCGCGACAGUUCGGACUCGCGCUCGUCCGACUCCUUGCCCAUACGCCGCGCGCAACGCACUGACAAGAAAGAUCGUCCGAAACUCCGAGAAUCGUCGCCGGAAGUGAAGAAGAAGAAGGGAGAGUUCGCCGGCAGCUCCAGCGAGUCCAGCGGCGCUAAAGAGUGGCCGCCGAAGAAUAAAUCAAAAUCCAAAUCGCGAUCCAGACGCGAGAAACGCGAGAAGCGUGAGAAGCGCGACAAAUCCCGUCCGUCGAAACCGAAGAAACCGCGAGGCCUACAGCAGUACGACGCCGACGGCAACGUCAUCCGGCCUCGCGUCACUUACGGAGGCCUCAGCGACUCCCCUAAUGAUUGGUCGCCGAAACACAGGACGAGACAGAAGAAGAUUAAUUAUACGGAGACGCCUAACACUGAAUCUGAAGAUGAAAUGCAUAAAGGCAGCGGCAAGCACAUGCCGGACAGCUCGGACGAGUUCAAGGUGACCUCCUCCGACGCCGACUCCGACUCCGACCGGCCCGACCCCAACCAGAAGACCCUCAGUGACCUCAUCAAGACGGCCGUGGUGCCGCUUGAGAAGCUCCCCGAUGACGUCACCAAGGCGAAGGAGGAGGAGCUGCAAGCGCAUCUUAGUAAGUUAUACGCUCAAGCGGCCGCGACGGAUCCGAGGCCGCUGCGAGGCAAGGGCAGCCGCGGCGGCCGGGGAAGCAGGGGCCCUCGGGGGCGCGGGCGGGGCGGCGGGGGCGGCGCCAGCGCGGACGACGCGCUCGCCAAGCUCGUCGGCGUCAAGAUCAAAGACCUCAGCCAAGAACCCAUCAAACCCAACCAGAUUGAAAGGGAAAAGAAACGUCAAGAACGCGAAGCCAAACUAGCAGAGAAAGAAGCCAAGCGCAUGGAGAGAAUACAAAAGAAGGAAGAGAAGGAGAAACUAAAAGAACUAAAGGCGAAAGAGCGAGAGGAAAAGAAACUAGCGAAGAUAGCGCUGCAGGAGAGCAAGCGGGUGAAAAAGGAGAAGCCUGAAUACCCAAUAUCCGGCCCAGUGGGUUACAACGUUAGACCAGACAUGCGGAUGAUGUACCCGGGCAUGAAGCAUCCGGAUUACCCAGGUCCCGGUCCGAGUCCGGGUUCCGACCAGCCGCAGAGGUUCCCUACACAGCCCAGGUUACAGGUGCGGGCGGAGCUGCGCGGCGUGCCGGUGGCGGGCCCGCUGGCCGCCGACAACCUCCGGGAAGGCACACUAUCCGUAGCGGGCUCCCCGCAGCCUUUCAAGCCGGUCAGCGAAGAGCCCAGCGUCAUCACGCGCAUGCCGCACAUGCUCAACCAAUACAGGGGUCCGAUGAUGUACCCGGGCGGCGGGUCGCCGUACGGUCCGCGACCGCAGAACAUGAUGUACGUGCCGCACCCCGGCCUGCCGCCGCGGCAGUACCCGCCGCACUACUACCGCCUGCCGCCCUACCGCCUGCCCGACGCGCAGCAACCCAACCACGCCGUCUCACACCUGGCUCUAGGACCCAGGCUGCUGGGGACCCCCGGGGCGUCGCACCACGGGCCCCACGGGCCGCCCGGUGGUCCGCCUGGUGGCUCGCCCUACAGAUCGCCCGGACCUCACGGUCCACCCGGGUCGACCUAUGGACCACCGGGCCCUCACGGUCCACCUGGAUCGACCCAUGGGCUACCGGGCCCUCACGGGUCGCCGGGAUCGUCCCAUGGACCUCACGGCCCCCCCGGGUCGACCCACGGCCCGCCGGGAUCAUCCCAAGGAUCUCACGGGCCCCCGGGCUCGUCACACGGGCCGCCAAGAAAUUCUCACGGACCCCCCGGGACCUCUCACGGGCCGCCCGGCGCCCACGGCCCGCCCGGAUCUCACGGCCCCCCGGGCUCGUCCCACGGACCCCCCGGACUUCCCCAUGGGCCCCCCGGACCUCCCCACCGGCCCCCCGGACCUCACCACGGGACCCCCGGACCUCACCACGGGACCCCCGGACUGCACCACGGGACCCCCGGACCUCACCACGGGACCCCCGGACCUCCCCACGGGCCUCCCGGACCUCCCCACGGACCCCCGGGACCUCACGGCCCGCCCGGGUCCUCACACCGACCGCCGGGACCGCACGGGCCCCCUCCCUCAUCCCACGGACCCCCUCAUGGGCCACCGAAUUCAUCGCACGCACCUCCGGGCCCGCCGGGCUCGUCCCACGGGCCCCCGGGGACCCGCGGCCUACCCGGGCCCUCCCUCGGCCCCCCCGCGCCGCACGGCCCCCUGCACGGGCCGCACCCGAGUGCGCUACACGGGCUCCUGCGCGCCGGCCCGCCCGUGCAGCUGCAGGCCCCGCGCGGCCCGGUGAGGCCCGCCGGCCCGCCCGGCCCGCCCGGGCCGCCCGGCCACCCGGGCCCGCCCGGCCACCCGGGCACGCCGUCCCCCGGCCCCCCGAGCUCCGCAUCUCCCGUCUCGCUCCCGCCCGGGCCGUCCGGACCCGGCUCCGACUUGACGCCGCCGCCCGCCAAGGAGCCCCCCAUCAAGAUCAAAGCCGAGGUGAAGACCGAGCCCGAGUACCACUCGCCGGUGCAGUCUCCGCCGCGCGUCUCCCCCGAGCCGCCGCGCCACCCCAAAAUCAAGGUCACCGACAACAAGGAGCGGCGCCCGCGCUACCCGCUCGGCCCGUACGCGCCGCAGUACGGCCCCUACGGCCCGUACGCGCCGCCCGCCGAGCAGCCGCUGCUCCUCCGCGGCCCCUCGCCGCUGCAGCGCAUGCAUCAAAACCUUCACCAGUUUUUACCUGAGAAACCUGAGCCGGCGCGAUCGCCGCGGGCCGAGGCGCCGCAAUACCUCCCGAUGCUGCGGCCGGGCGCUCCGCCCUACAACAUUCCGUUAAUGAGGGCGCCCGGGCCGGCCGCGCCGUACUACCCGGGGCCGGACAUGCGGCAGGAGAAGCCUCCGCCCACCCCACCCCCGGACAAACCGUCACCGGCCUCAGUCCCCGCGCCGCCCCCGCCGGCCCCCGUGCCCGUGUCUCCGCCCGCGCGGGCCCCGGAGCCGGGGGCCAUCUCCCCGGCGCGCAUGGAGGAGGCCCCGGAGCCCCCCAAGGGCCCCGACUUCGUGAAGACCGAGCCCCCGUCCGAGCCGCAGGGCAGCGUGUUCGGCGGCCUCGUCAGCUACUUCUCGAGCCAGCGCGAGGACGAGCUCGACGCGUAGCGACCUGUACAUACUCUAUAGUGAUCUAUUUAUAUAUCGAUUCGAUAUUACGUUUGCGUAAUUAGCAGAUUAAGUUGAGGACUUUUUGGUCUCGAAUAAAAUGUAUUAUUUCCGGUUAUGUUUAAGUGAGAUUUAUUUAUACAGAGUCGAUAAGUACUUACAUGUAUCUCUAAAUACGAAUUUUAUUAAAGAAUCAAAUCGAUUAUUUCUUUUUGCAAAAUAAAUGUUUUCUCCUACAA